GAAAUGCGGGUAUUGUCCCUUUAAGAGGUUUGUCCAUCAAUCAGAAGCAUUGUUCAUUGUUGUGAAAGAAAUAGAAGCGACUAAAGACAUUGAUAAAGGACAGCUCGAGAAGAUUGUGCACACCACAGAGAGAGAAACAGCAAGUCAUAAAGAGGUUUCAUUCCCGAAUAAAACCGCGCGGAACUUUUAACAACUUCAUUGGCAAUGGGUUGUUACGAAUGCUGUGUGAAAUGCUUGGGCGGGAUUCCCUAUGCCUCUCUCUUCGCAACCCUGCUCUGCUUUAGUGGGGUGGCUCUGUUCUGUGGCUGUGGGCACCAGGCACUGACUGAGACAGAGCGGCUCAUUGAGACCUACUUCUCUCGAAACCUGCAGGACUACAACUCGCUGGCAUACAUAAUCGUGUAUUUCCAGUAUAUUAUCUAUGGGACUGCUUCCUUCUUCUUCUUGUAUUGCAUCAUCCUGCUGGCAGAGGGCUUCUACACCACCAGUGCUAUCAAGGAGACAAUUGGAAACUUCAGGUCCACCCUCUGUGGGAGAUGCCUGAGCACCAUGUUUAUUGCAGUGACCUACCUGCUUGCAGUGAUCUGGCUUCUGGUGUUUGCCUUUGCUGCACUGCCUGUCUAUAUUUUCUACAACAUGUCGUCAACCUGCCAGACCAUUACCAUCCUGUCUGAGACCAGCUCAGGACUCAACCAGCUCUGUGUGGACGCCAGGCAAUACGGUGUCUUGCCCUGGAACGCUACACCUGGAAAAGUCUGUGGGAUGACACUGGUAGCUGUUUGUAAAACUAAGGAGUUUGACGUGACCUUCGACCUGUAUAUAGCAGCCUUUGCAGGGGCAGGAGCGACUCUUGUUGCACUGCUCACCUACAUGAUGUCUACAACCUAUAACUUUGCUGUGCUGAAGUUUCUGGGGCGCCAGGGUAUCUGCACUAGGUGCUAGUUUCUCUGGUCUCAAACUUUCUCUCAACACACCGCUGAGCUUCCAGUUGUGGUCUAGUACAGUCAGGACUUUCGAAAAGAUGGAGUUGAAUGAAACUCUUACAUGUAAACUGUUCAUAUUUUUUAUUUGACGUUUUUACAAGAUUGUUUUAAAAUAACCAAUAAAAUAUUGCAAAUUUUAGGUUAGAUAUCCUUAAAUUAUAUUUAAAUAUCUGUCAGGUAAGAGUGCAAUGAAUCUCCUCCUCAAUUCAGGAAGUCCAGCUGCUGCCUUUCUGUUUUAAAAGAUUGGAUAAAAGCUGCUAAUUUUAUUAACUAAAUAUAUUUAUAUAAAAAUAAAUAAAUAAACAAUCUAUGGUAAGGCUUUAGAAUCAAUUAUAUUCUAACAAGCUGCUGACUGUACUAGGCUUAAAUGAGGGUAUAACCUGUACUUUACAUGCUUUGUUCUGUUUGAAAUGAAAGAUUUCUUGGUCCCUUUUCCCCUGUCUGCACAAAUCUCUCGCUGCUGUCCUUACACAUUCCAUUGAUCAAUUCUAUACUGUAAUUCCUGAUGGAUUACUGCUGCCAGCUAUGUUUCGCGGGCCUGUUAACUAAAGUUUGCUUUUGAAGCAGCAGAUGAUGGUAAACCAUACAUGCUGGUUACCAUGACAUCACUUUUGGCUCAAGCUUACUUUCACAGCAUCCCUUAUAGCUAAUGCCAAGUGGUUAUUGUAGCUGCAGACUUGACUGUAGCCUGCUGGCCUCAUAUCUGGGAUACUGUGUGUGGGAUAAAUUCUAAGAAUUAAUUAGCCUAGUGUUCCGUCUUAGAAUUGGGAAUUCGUAUAUGACUGUUUAAACGUGGGACUGAUAUGGAAAGCCCAUAGAAAGAAAUGAAUCAGGUAAGUGUAAACGUGCUUCAGUUAUAGUAUGCCAACCUGACCACCUUUCUUUUCUUCUGAAAAGCGUAGAUAACUCGAAGGGUGCUACCGUAUGAGUUUGGGGUCUAAAUGCCUUGGCUAAAAAAAAAAACGGCAUCAUCAAUGUGACCCAGGUACAACGGCGUUAACUUAUGUCCUGUUGAUGAAGCAAUUGAAUGAUCGCAAGUUGGACAUUCUAUUCCCGAUUUUUGUUCCCAACUUCCAUCAAGGCCCUAAAGUACCUUUGAUUUACAUAUUCCAAUUUUUCCUAUUAAACCUGGCUGGCCCUCAAGGGCCGGAAUUAGGAAUCCAUGCUCUAUGCAUUCAAAAACAGACUACGAAACAGGGAAGAGUGUGAUGUGGGAGGAUUUCAAAACCUUCAUGCUUCAUGCAUUUCUGUAGCACUUAACUAUAAUAUAAUAACCAGAUUCUAUAAAUCUUCGUAAUAGGAACGUUUAUGGAAGGUGCUAUUGAAAGUUUUUGAAAUUAUUGCUAAACACAAAAGGGUGCAUUUGUAUAUAUUAACUACUGUAGCUCUACAGCACUGUGUGGCUAUUAAAGUAGUGCUAGUUACAUCAUUAGUGGUGUUUUAUAUGAAAAAGGAAGGUUCUGUCUUUAAAGAUGUUGACUGUUACUGUAAUUGAACUGUAAGGCUGAAAUGUGUCAGUAGGUGGGUAUUUUUGGUAAUAAAAGAUGGUCAAAGAUGGUAACAAAAAAAAA